AUGCCACUAUUACUAGAAGCAGCAGAUGCAGUGGAUGCAGCGAUGGGCGUAUCGGUGGCAGCGGUGGAGGAAGCGAUGUUCGCAUCGGUAGCAGCAGUGGCAUUGGACGCAGAAGAUGAAGAUGUAGAUGUAGAAGAUGCAGAAGGGCCAUUAAAUGCUGUAGCGGACGCCGUGCUGUUACCGUCCACUACUGCAGACUGGCUGAAAAUUUCCCAGGGAUUUCAAGAGCAAUGCUUCCAUCGAUGGGAAACAUCAAUAGCGGACUCAAACUACAACUUUAUGUUUGCCGACGUCGGUUGUCAGGGGAGAAUUUCAGAUGGUGGGGUGUUUCAAAAUAGCCCUAUUUUCCAAAAAUUGGAACGUCGGGAGAUGAACAUACCCGUUCCAGAAAUUUUGAAUUUGCCAUACAGCAUUGAAGUCCCAUAUUUCUUUUUAGGUGAUCAGGCGUUUGCUAUGAAAGAAUAUUGCCUCAGAACAUAUGGAGGAAUGCAUCCCGCAGAGUCGAUGGAGCGGAAUUUUAACUAUCGACAUUCAAGAGCGCGUCGUACUGUAGAGAACGCUUUUGGAAUUUUGGCAAAAGUGUUCCGGGUUUUAGCUAAGCCCAUAGAUCUAGAACCAGAUAUUGCUGAAAAAGUUGUUCUUGCAGCUGUAACGUUGCACAAUUUUCGACGACGGCACACUUUAUAUAAUUAUUCUACCGAAUUUCUUCCUGGCACUACAAACACACCAUCUACAUCAAUGGAAUUCGAACAAUUCAAUGAUGAAGCAUCACCCCCUUCAAUGUUACCUUUCCCAGCUGUUGCAUUAAGACCAGCAAGAGCAUUACAAAAUAUGCGAAACCAUUUGGCAAGGCAUUUUUUGUUGAAUGAUCCUUUACCCUUUGCUCUACCGCAACCGCGACGAGUUUUGUAA